CCCUUAGCCGAGCGCGAGGUAAACACACCGCAACUCGUCAAACCUUGCGCUCGUCUGCUGCAUUUCGCCGAAUUCUUUCGUUCAAAAUGGCUAAAUGGGGCGAAGGCGAUCCUCGGUGGAUUGUGGAGGAGCGACCGGAUGCCACCAAUGUUAAUAACUGGCACUGGUCCGAAAAAAAUGCCAGUGGUUGGAGCAAAGAGAAGAUUAAGAGUCUGUUUGAGGGCAUGGUGUUGGAGGAACCAGGACUCGCCAAAGUGACCAUCAAGGAAGUGUCCAAGUGUGACGGGGAAGCCAUGGUCAACAAUCGCAAAGGGAAGCUCAUCUUCUUCUAUGAAUGGGACAUCAAGAUGGACUGGGUUGCCAAGAAGGAGGAUGAGCCCAAGAAGGACAUCAAGGGCCACAUCCAGAUACCCAAUCUCUCUGAGGAGAAUGAACCAUGUGAGAUUGAUGUGUCAGUAAGUGUUACAGCUGGAGGCUCAGCCGGGGAUGAUGUGAAGGAGUUCCUGAGAAAGAAAUGUGAGAAAGUGAUACAAUCAAAAGUUGCAGAUUAUAUCACUGCUCUGAAGAGAGAGUAUGCCACUGACUUAAUCCUGCCAACGAAGGGACAGGCUGUGACAAAGCAAAGUAAAACAAUCCUAUCUCCACCUCCUUCUGAGAACUCGCUAUCGGCUAAUGUUACAAAUACUACAAAUAAUAUGCAGAAAAUGGGACUGGGCUGUAAAAUAGACACAUCCCAAAUUACACUGACUGAACGUUUCAAGUGCACCGCUGAUGACAUCUACAGAGCUCUUACUGUGAGGGAGAUGGUGGUUGCGUUCACAAGAGGUGAUGUAAAGCUGGAUCUUGUUAAGGGCGGCAAAUUCGAGUUAUUUGGUGGCAAUAUCUCAGGAGAAUAUGAGAAUCUAGAACCAAACAAGCAAAUUGUACAGAAGUGGCGGUUUAAGACUUGGCCUUCUGGUCAUUACUCAACAGUUACGUUAGAUAUUCAACAAAAAGAAGAUUCUACAGAAGUUCGUCUAACACAGUCUGGUGUCCCAUCUUCUGAUGUUGACAGGACGAAAGAAGGCUGGAAGAACUAUUAUUGGGAUAGUAUUAAACGAACCUUUGGCUUCGGUGCAAUGCUCAUAUGAGGCGCUGCUGCCGUUGCUGUCAUCGUCAUCAUAGUCUGGCGUCAGGUACUCUGCCCUCCCAUGGCUGACACUAAAGUGAUAUUAUUCGUCGAUGAUAUUCGAUAGCAGAGCACCUUCUCUUUCCUACCCGUCAAUUGGGGAGUCAUUCUCUUGGGAAAAACAUGAAGCCAUGUGUUAUUGAUAAUCAUUUUUGUGCAUUUUUCUUAUUCUUUUUUAUCAUGGGAGGUAAAUUUUACCUUCACCAUUCUCAUGUAGAGGUCAGAAUGAAAAGCACAAAACUGGUAAUUUUUAUCAGUUUUGUUAUAAAAUGAAAAGGAUUGGAAAUUCAUCAAUAUCAAGAAUCUUAGAUUAUCCAGAUAAAGGAAACAAACUCUGAUGUAUUUUUAUUAUUUAUUAUUUGUUCUUUUGUUGCCACCAUUAUCGAAUGAGAAUGUAAAUGCUUCAUUGCCCUGAUAAGGUCAUUCAUUGUAAUGGAUAAAUGGUUAAACUCACAAGCUGUAUCUCAUCAGAACAAUAAGUUCAUACAGAUAUUUCAUGUUUUUUCAAUUUUUCUGACUUCUAAUUUUUGUCUUUUUGUCGUGGACAAUAUUCAGGUGAAUUUUAAUUUAUUUAUACAUAUAUUUGAAGAAAAAAAACACCCUGUGAUCAUUGUAUAUGUAGUACUGCAUCAUUUUAGUUACAUCCUUACAAAUGUACUUUUAUAUUUGCAGAAUUAUAGUUUUGAGUAGAAAGUUAUUUCAGACUCACAUUCUCUCCAUGUGUAUAUUUGAAUCUUAUAUUUCUCUCUCUCUCUCUCUCUCUUCUCCUCUCUCUCUCUCUCUCUCUCUCUCUCUCUCUCUC